AUGCUUUUGACUUUUUUGUUAAUUACUAGCAUACAAUUAAUGUAUUGUAAAGUAAUACUACGACCAACUGUUGAAUUGGAUUGGUGGCAAAAUGCUAUAGUUUACGAAAUAUUCCCGUUGUCAUUCAAAGAUUCAGAUGGUGACGGAUCAGGCGAUUUUAAAGGUAUAACUCAAAAAUUGGAUUACCUCGUCGAUAUAGGAGUAACCGCUAUUUGGCUGACUCCAUUUUUCGAAUCACCUUUAGAAUCUGGUGGCUAUGACAUAACUAAUUAUCAAGAAGUACAUCAUGUUUUUGGUACAAUUGAUGAUUUAAAAGAUCUUUUAAACUCCGCACAUUCAAAAAAUUUAAAAGUUAUCAUGGACUUUGUUCCUAAUCAUACCAGUGAUAAACACAUUUGGUUUAAAAGAUCGGUCAAUAAUGAAACUCAUUAUGCAGAUUACUAUAUCUGGAAAGAUGCAAAAAAUCAAGAGGAAGUGAUCAAAAAUAACAGUAUAACUCCUAUCGUGCCAAAUAACUGGCAAACAAUGUAUGGAAACAGCAGUUCUUGGGUUUGGCAUAAUACUCGCAAACAGUUUUAUUACACACAGUUCAUUUAUAAUUUACCCGAUUUAAACUUUCGUAACAAAAAAGUUCACGAAGAAAUGAAGAAUAUUUUGAACUAUUGGAUAGAAUUCGGAAUUGAUGGUAUUCGAAUCGAUGCGUUAAAACAUGUAUACGAAUGCGAAUCACUUGAAGACGAACCAAUAUUAAAUAAUAAUAACCCAGUGUUUGAUUAUUCUAGCUUAGAUCAUAUUUAUACAGCAGAUCAAGUCGAAGUAUAUGAUUUGAUUAAAGAAUGGCGUUUAUUACUUGAUGAAUUCAAACAAAAAGAUCAUCAUACAAGGAUAAUAAUGACUGAAUCAUAUUCCAAUCACAGUGUCUUAUAUAACUAUUACACUAGUGGAGCUGAAGUACCAACAAAUUUUAAUUUAAUGAAUGAUUCAAGUAAUUAUACUCCGAAAGAUUUUGAUAGGGAAAUAGAAAAUUGGAUAACUAAAAUGCCAUUUGGAGCAACAUUUAAUUCAGUGCUCCAAAAUCACGACACACCAAGAUUUCCUACUUUUUAUGGUAAAGAAUUAAUUGAUGGAUUGAACGCUUUGUCUUUAUUCCUACCGGGUGUAUCCAUAGUUCUGUAUGGAGGAGAAAUCGGAAUGGAAAACAUACCAGAUAAAACUAAUCGUGCAAGAGGACCUAUGCAGUGGGAUGAUACGAAAUACGCUGGAUUCACUGAUGGUACAAAUGAACCAUGGGUCGCUGUUCACCCAGAUUAUGUCACGAGAAAUGUGCAGUCUGAAAGCUACGAUCCUAAAAGUUAUUUGAACUUUUUCAAAUCAGUUUCGAAAUUACGGCAGACUGAAACGUUUAAAAGAGGAGGUUUGGCGACUGAUAUUUUUAACGACAAUAAAGUGUUUGUUUUAAACAGAUUUUUACAAGGACAUGAGAAUUACACGUUAAUUAUCAACAUGGAUACAAAUUAUACACAGCGUGUACGUUUAUCAGACAAAAUAUCAAAUUUGUGUGACUCUCUAACUGUUGUUGUUGGAUCAGUAAACUCGAAUUUUGACACCGGAAAAUCGAUUUUAACCGCAGAGUGGAUUGAUCUAAGUCCCGGCGCCACAAUUAUACUAACUGAAAAGACUGAAACAGGAUCAACACAAUCAUCCGGUACUCAGUUGUUCAUAACAUUAAAAGCACUACUACUUUGCUUAUUUUUCAUUAAAAUAUGUAAUAUAUAG